AUGUAUUCAUUUACUUAUCUGACCAAUACUUACCAUAUUUUCUUUGAAGUAUAUUUUCUUUUUGUCUUUCUUUCUAUCUCACUGACUGCUGCACUACGUCAACUACCUUUCUUUUUCCCUACAUUGGACAAAACACUUUUCUUCUUUCUCAAUCUAUUACAAAGUUACACUCACAAACUUCCUGACCUCGUUCGUUCAAAAAUUUUGGGAAAAGGAAAUAUGGAUGCUGAACUGUACCAAGGUGACUAUGUCAAAGAUGGUGGAGAAUUUUUUGAUCCCACAAGUAGAAAGGCUGCCAAGAAAGCUGGGCAUGGUGCCAAGCCAGCUCACCUUCGAGGACUUUCAAAGAUCAUCUAUGGGGAGAAUGUGGCAUCUUUAAAACCAAAUUGUGUUCAUGAUCUAUCACUGCUUAAUCUGUCUGAAGCGUGUGAAGAUACACCUGCAGUAACAAGCAACAUGCAAAAGGUGCCAUCAAUGUCUGACCUCUCAGAUGACAGUCAAGGUAAGAAGAGUUUUCAUCUAAAUCUCAAGAUCAUUACUUUCACUUUCACUCCUAGAAAAGUGGAUGAGUUUUUUAUUUUGUUUGUUUUGAGCUCAGACAAUUCUCUCCCAUAA